AUGGACUCGCUCGUGUUUGUAUCGGCCAACGCGUAUCUGGCGUCUCGCAGCUCGGACGCCUGGCACAGCACCCACUUCAGACCCGGCUACGUGCCCAUUCUGCGCUCCGAUCUGCUGCGGUUCCGCGACGCGCUCGACCAGGUCCUCCAGCAGGUCCGCAAGGAACACACCGCCGUGGUUUACCACAGCGACGCCCAGCGCGACCCGGCGCGCGCGCAUCCCGACGCAGACGCCGCCGCGCCCUCCAGCGGCCCGGCUCACGGCCGCCACCAGGACCUCAAGCAGUUUCUCCCCAUCUCGCUGGACCAACAGCUGCACACCGUCGCCCUCACGGGCCUCCGAGGCAAACUGGCCGUCGAGCAGCUGGAACGGCUGCUGGCCAAGCUCGAGGACGUGACGUCCGCCGCGCUCGAGCUCCCGGCGUCCUCGUUUGUCCAGUGCUGGAGCAGCGUCGCAGGGCUCGACACCCAGAGCCUAUUCGUGCGGUGCCAGGAGCUGGCGCAGUACCCCCAAGUGGUGGCCUAUUGGCGCGAGCUCGUGGCCCGCUGGAACGCGCUGGACCCGCACGUGGGCUUGCAACUCCAUUGCGACCAAAACACCGCCCACUACGUCGCCGACAAGGCCGCGGGCGCGGGACCCCUGGACCCGGCCGAGCUCGACCGCCAAGUCCACGCGUUGCGCCAGUUGCUGGACGAGCUCUACGCAGAGGACAAGUCCGAACCCGCCGCGCACGAUUCCUCCGCCGAUUACAAGGUCGACGUGUCCACGCUGAGCGAUCUGCCGGGCAGCGCGCUCGAGCAAUUGUGCCAAGACAUCGUCAAGUUCCGCACGCGGGUGCUGACCAUUGAGAAGGAAAAACGCGCCAAAGAAGACUACGAAGAGGGCAAACGUCGCCGUUUGCAGCUCAUGAAAGUGUUUGAGCAGAUCAGGAAAAGUCAAGGUGACGACGGUGCCAACGGCGCUGCCGACGCGCGCGACCCGGACAACGACGACGCCGAGGACGACGAAGAAGAAGAAGACGACGGCGACGCUGCCCAGGACUGGGCCCUCGAGAAGGAGCGCCAGGACCGCGACCGCGCCGCCGCAGACGCCCGCGCCCGCGCCUUGCUGGACAAGCUCAGCUCGCAACUAGAACCGCGUCUGCGCGCGCUCGAGCGCCAACUCGCUCGUGUCGCCGAUUAUGAUGCCACGCUCGCCAGCGAACGGCCCCUCUACCUCAAGGAACUGUUGCAUCUCUCACACGACCCCAGCUACGACCACCGCCGCAGUUUCAAACUCGAAGAGAAACAACGCGACGACGACGACCGCGCACGCAACCCGCCCGCUACCGCCUCCGCGCCCUCGCCUACCAAGACGCCUACCGAGCCCGUCGGCGAGCCCGCUGCCGAGCCGCGUUUCAAGCUCGAGAUUCGUCCCGCUGCUCGUCCAAACGCGUCGCCGCAGCCUGACGUGCUGCACCAAUCCGACAUCGAGCUGGACUCCAUACUCGCGCGCCUCAGAGACUCCCGCGCCGUCCACGACGUGGUCAAGGAGUAUUUGGGCGACGAAGAUCAAGAUUUGAUAGACUACAUUUUCGAUCACAUUCGUGAACACAAGAGUAAAACCGCGCUCCUCGACGAACUCAAGGAAACCUUCGACGAGGACGCAGCUGCCAUCGUCGACAAAGUUUGGCACAAUCUAUAG